AUGACUGUACUCUUGGUUUGGCUAAGUUUUUUGGAGCAGCCUAAACUCGAUGAAUGCACCAUGGUAACUCAUCUACGCAAUCUUGGAGCGGUUCCAUUUGUUAUAACCAACGUUCCACAAGCUUUGCUAUCAUUCGUAUGCUCUAAUUCUGUUUAUGGUACCACCUCGAACCCACAUGACGUACCAGGUCACCUGGAGGUUCCUCUGGUGGAGAAGGUGCACUGUUUGCCGGUGGUGGUACUCCAUUUCGCAAUAGGAAGUGAUCUCGCAGGAAGUUUGCGUAUUCCAGCAGCUUUUUGCGGAUUUGUAACAUUGAAACCAAGCCAAGAGCGUUUGGUCGUCAAGCACACUCACGGAGGUGUCCCUGGCCGCGGAAGGCUUGGGUUGAGUUUUGGAUUUUUCACUCACACAGUAGAAGAACAGGUGGAACUGCUGAGACUGAUUGUUGGUGAUCCUAAGUAUAUUCGACUCGUACCCACUUCUAUUUUGGUCCCAAUGAACAAGAGGUUCCGCAUUGUUAUGCGGUCUGUGGCAUCAUUUAUUCUUGAUUCGAUCAGCCCUCAGCUAGCUGCUUUAUCUUCUGCCUAUGUAUCCAACUUAGAAGAUUUACGUUACACUCAAGAACUCUGUGAUGCUUACAAGGAUCAGUUCAUUGAUUAUUGGAAAAGUCUUGGGAUAGAUGCAUUGAUAUGCCCAACAUUCCCUGGUAGGCUACCACUUGCUUUCUUGCCCUCGGCUUACCUAUUCAAUUGUUUAUUUCAAGUUCCUGCUGUUCCACACCGCUUCCCUUCACGGUUAUCUGCGGCUGCGACCUACACAGGCCUUUACAAUUUGUUAGACUUCCCCGCAGGUGCAGUUCCUGCAGGAAAAGUAACGUCAGAGGACGACCAAGAUCUUCUUGAUGAAUCAAAGUUUCCUGUAGGGUACAACGUCGCUCUGCGGUAUGUGCGUGAAGCUUCAAUGAACAGCGUAGGCUUACCGCUUUCUGUCCAAGUAGUCACGCUCCCCUAUGAGGAGGAGAAAUGCCUUCGAGUUAUGGGUGAAGUUGAAAGAGUGUGGAAAAAUCUAUCAGGUUCCAACAGUUUUGUAAGUGUAUCGCAGUGA